CCCAGUGCCCCCCCCACCUCUCCGGACCUCUCGGCUCCCCACUCCCAUCCCAGCCCCCAACAUCGUCACCAUCGCUACCCCCCCUCCUCCUCCUCCUCCAAACCAACCACUCCGUCUCCCAUUUCUCCGCUGUCUCUCCCGGCGGCUGCUCGCUGUGCUCUCGGAGAGGAGGAGGAGGGAGAGAGACACAAACAGGGCAGAGCAUACGUUCACCUCCACCGUCGGCUAUAUCGACAGCAUCACAGUACCCCCACCAUCACCGUCUAGCAAACAAUAGGCGCUCUCGCUCCACCCCGCUUAGGCAAUAAUCGCUCCAUUGUCAGCGGAAUCGGCAUCAGCUGCUGCAUCAUCAGCGGCAGCUUCGGUGUCAUCAGCAGCAGCCGUAGCAUCGGCAGCAGUAGCAUCAGAAUUAGUAGCAUCAGCAGUAGCAAUACCAACAUCAUCACCACCAGCAGCAGCAGUAGCAUCGGCAUAAAAGAGCAGCAUCAUCAGCAUUACCAUCAGUCGUAUUAGCAUCAUCUACAUUAAUCAUCAUCAGCAAGCAGCAUCAUCAACAAGCAGCAGCAGCAUCAUCACUGCCAGUCGGACGAGCAUAAUCUAGUGAAGAGGGUGGUGGUGGAAGAAGAAGAAGAGGAGGAGGUGGAGGAGUCGUGAUGAGGUGGACACGGGGAGCACUCCUUGGGCUCUGGGCGCUCUUCGCAGGUGCACGUCCGGCGCCGGCCGCUUCGCCAGGUGACUCGUGCGAGGAGGCGCUCCUGCCCACUGCGUUCUCCGCUUCCUCGGAGCUCACGGCCGCUCACGCGCCCAGCUACGCGCGCCUCAACCGGCGAGAGGGGGCUGGAGGCUGGGCCCCUGCCGCCGGCGACCCUGCCCCGUGGCUGCAGCUGGACCUGGGCUCGCGUGUCCGCGUGACGGGGGUGGCGACCCAGGGCCGCUACGGCUCCUCCGAGUGGGUGCAGCGCUACCAGCUGCUCUACAGCGACGGCGCGGGCAACUGGAGGCGCUACCAGCGGGACGACAACCUGUGGGGCUUCUCCGGCAACGAGAACGCCGACUCCGUGGUCCGCCACGAGCUGCCGCGCCCGCUGGUCACGCGCUUCCUGCGCUUCGAGCUCCCCGGAGGGGGGGCCCCGGGAGACGCGGCGGGGGGCCAGGCCGGGGACGCGGGGGGCCGGCCUGGACUCAGGGUCGCCGUCUACGGCUGCCAGUACAAUUCGAGCGUGGCGUACCUGGACGGGCGCAGUCUGCUGUCGCUGCGCUUCGCGAAAAAGACGGAGCGCACGAUCAAGGACGUCGUGGCGCUGCACUUCAAGACGGGCGCCAGCGACGGCGUUCUGCUGCACGGAGAGGGUCAGCAGGGCGACUACCUCACCCUCGCGCUGCACCGCGGGCGGCUACAGCUGCACAUCAACCUCGGCAGCAGCGCGUCCCGAGGGGUGAGCGGCCACACGCUCGUGUCGGCGGGCAACCUGCUUGACGACGAGCACUGGCACGCGGUGAGCGUGCACCGCCACGGCCGCUACGUCAACCUCACCGUGGACCGCCACUCACGCCACGCGCGCACCAACGGCGACUUCGACUACCUGGACCUCGACUUCCAGGUCAGCUUCGGUGGAAUGCCCGGAGCGGGCAAGUCCGGCCCGUCCGCCAAUCGCUUCUUCCGCGGGUGCCUGGAGAACGUCAUGUACAACGGCGUCAACGUGAUCGACCUCGCGCAGCGGAAGAAGCCGGCGGUGCACGUGACGGGCAACGUGACGUCACGCUGCCUUGACCCCGGCUCGACCGCCGUGACCUUCCCACGCCCUGGCUCCUGGCUCCGUCUCGACGCUCCCCCGGGCCUCGCCUCCCUCUCCUUCUCCCUGGAGCUGCGCACGUGGCAGGAGCGCGCCCUCCUCCUUCACCUCCCCCUGGGGGGCACGGCGGGGGCGGGUGGCGGGGGGGCCGCGGGGGGGGGCUCCCUGUCCGUCGUGCUGGCCGACGGGCAGGUCAGCGUGUCGGUGCGACAGGCACGCCGGACCAACGUCCACAUCACCGCAGGGUCGGCCGUGAACGACGGGCAGUGGCACUUGGUGCUGGUGGAGGCUCGCCGCAACUUCCUCUCGCUCGUUCUCGACGGAGAGCCCUCGACGGCCAUGCACUCCAACAGCCAGCUCGACAUCCUCACGGGCGACCACUGCUACCUGGGAGGCUGCCCAGACGCGACCUCGUGCCCUGUCGCCACCCUGCCGCCCUCCUUCCUGGGCUGCGUGCGGUCCAUCGUUGUCCACCAGCGGGAAGUCGACCUCCGCCUCCUGGAGCGCGGCGUCCUGGGCAAUCACUCGCACCUGCAGGUGGACACCUGUGGGAUCCUGGACAGGUGCCUCCCCGACCACUGCGAGCACGGUGGCCGCUGUGCCCAGACGUGGGACUCGUUCUCGUGCCAGUGCGAGGGCACGGGAUACACCGGCACCACCUGCCACCGCUCGGUGCACGAGCGAUCGUGCGAGGCCUACAAGCAGCUGGGCCGCUCCUCCGGCCUCUACUCCAUCGACACGGAUGGCAGCGGCCCCUUGGGGCCCGUGCGAGUCUUCUGCAACAUCACAGAGGACGCUGUGUGGACGACGCUGCCCGCGACACCGCGGGGCGCCACCGCGGCCGCCGAGGCGGCCGCGGUGGCGGCAGCGGCAGUCACCGUCUCGGGCUCGAGCCCCGAGCGGCCGCACGUGGCGCGCUUCUCUUACAACGCCACGGCCGAGCAGCUGGCGGCCGUGGCCGCGCAGGCCGAGAGCUGCGAGCAGCAGGUGGACUACUCCUGCCGACGCUCGCGACUCCUCAACUCGCCAGAGGGCCCCCCCAUGGUGUGGUGGGUCGCUCGAAGCGGCGAGCGGCAGUCCUACUGGGGCGGCUCAAGCCCCGGGGUCCACAAGUGCGCGUGCGGCAUCGAGCGCAACUGCACGCAGCCCCGCGUCCACUGCAACUGCGACGCGGACCUGCCCGUCUGGCAACGGGACUCGGGUCUCCUCACCUACAAGGAGCACCUGCCGCUGCAGCAGCUCGUCAUCGCGGACACGAACCGCACCAACUCCGCCGCCUCCUACCGCGUGGGCCCUCUGCGUUGCCACGGCGACAAGGGCCUCUGGAACGCGGCUCUGUUCACCAGCCAGUCGGCCUACCUGCUCUUCCCCACUUUCCGCGGGGAGACGAACGCCGACAUCUCCUUCUUCUUCAAGACGUCGGCGUCGCACGGGAUCUUCCUCGAGAACCUGGGCCUGCAGCACUUCAUGCGCAUCCAGCUCAAGUCCCCCCAGGAGGUGAGCUUCGCGUUUGAUGUGGGCGACGGCCCCGUGGAGGUGACGGCCUCCAGCCCGCGGCCCCUCAACGACAACCAGUGGCACGGCGUGCGCGCCGAGCGCAGCGUCAAGCAGGCCUCGCUGCAGGUGGACGCGCUGCCCGCGCGCUCCUUCCAGGCGCCGGCGCACGGCCACACGCGCCUGCUGCUCAACAGCAAGCUGUUCGUGGGGGCCUCGGCUUCGGGCCAGCGCGGCUUCCUGGGCUGCCUGCGUGCGCUGCACAUGAACGGCGUCGCGCUGGCGCUCGAGGAGCGGGCGCGCGUCACCGAGGGCGUGGAGCCCGGCUGCACGGGCCACUGCAGCAGCUACGGGGUGCUGUGCCGAAACCGGGGACGCUGCGUCGAGCGCUACAACGGCUACAGCUGUGACUGCACCCACACGCCCUUCCACGGACCCUUCUGCAAGCAAGAGGUGGGCGCGUUCUUCGAGAUGGGCACCCAGGUGCGCUACUCCUUCCCGGAGCCCGGCCUCGCCGCAGACCCCCUGGGGUGGCAUCAGCCGCAGCAGCCGCCCCCUCCCCUGUCCGGCGGGGAACUGCCGGGGGAGCCGGGCGAGGGGAGCUGGCCCGGAGCGGGGCUCGGCGUGGAGCCGGGGGGACCGCGUGCGCUUUGGGUUCAGCACGACGCACGCGCCCGCCGUGCUCCUCCACGUGAGCUCGUCCGCCCCCGACGAGUUCCUCGCCGUUCUCCUGCAUCGCGACGGUGCUCGCUGACGGCACGGAGCUUACACGUGCGUCUGGGUUUCGGGACCACGGAGGAGUCAACGACCUCCGUGGCGGUGGACGUGCGCAACCUGGCCAACGGGCAGCCCCACCUCCUCAACGUGACGCGCCUCGGAGCCGACCUCUACGUGCAGUUGGACCACUACCCUGCGGUGAGACACGUCCUGGCCGUCGUCGCGCCGAUCCAGAUGACCUCUCCCCGCGAGCUCUACCUCGGGCGCGUCCAAGACUCCGGCGACGUGGACGCGGAGGUGCUGCGCGCGAACGCGCCGGGGUUCAGCGGGUGCCUGUCGCGCGUCGAGUUCAACGGCGCGGCGCCGCUCAAGGCGGCCCUGCGCGCCACCCCGCCGCCCUGGGUCACCGUGAGGGGGCGCCUCCUGCAGUCGGGCUGCGGCGCCGUGCCCCUCACCGUGCCGCCGGCCUCCAGCAGCACCCAGCCGUGGGCGCACGGCCUCGAUGGAAUCAACGGAGCGGGCGAUGGGGAGCGCGUGUCGAAGGGGAACAGCACGAGAUCGGCGAUUAUCGGGGGGGUCAUCGCUGCGGUGUGCUUCGCGCUGCUGGCGUCGCUGGCGCUGCUGGCGCGGUGCCUGCUGCGGCACAAGGGCACGUACCACACGCACGAGGUGAAGGGCUCCGACACGGCCGACCACGUCGACUCGGCCAUCAUGGACCACGACCCGGCCUUCUCGGAGCCCAUCGAGGAGAGCAAGAAGGAGUGGUUCAUAUGAGGGCGCCAUCUCCUGCCCCACCCCCUUUCCUCCGUCCCCUCCCCCUAUAUCCGGGGUGGGGGGGGGGUUGUUGGG